AUGACGUCUUCCACUCCUGCUCCUCUAGAUCUCAACAAUGUCCAAGGUGACAUCUUGGCGGGUCUUCCCAAGAAGACUCAGACUUAUUUUUUCUUUCUCAUCGACGAAUCUCGCGUCCAAGCGUUCCGUAGACAACUGGCCACUUUGAUCCCUCUUAUCACCACGACCGCGCAGGUUUUCAGCCAUCAUGAGAAAAUAUCUCAGAACAAGAAAGACGCAGUGGGACGUGGAGUUUCUCCGUCGCUUUUGAAGAUCAGCGGAGUCAACAUAGUGUUCAGUCAAAAGGGACUGGUGAAGAUGGGGAUCAACGACAACAUUGGGGAUGACGUCUUUCGCAAAGGGAUGCUCGCUGAUGCACCAACUCUCGGUGACCCAGGAACGGCAACUUCAGACAGUCCGGACUGGGUCCCUGCUUUCAAGCAGGGUGUUGAUGGCAUGAUCCUGGUCUCAGGCGAAAGCCACCAAACAGUCGCCGAAACAUUAGCUGAGAUCGAAAGGAUUUUCUUCGUUGGAGCACAUUGCGCCACCAUUCAUGAAGCGCUCCGCAUUGUCGGAGAUGUCCGGCCGGGAAAAGAAAAGGGUCAUGAGCACUUUGGCUUUCUGGACGGCAUCUCGCAGCCUGCAGUCCGUGGUGUCAAUGCCACAAACAAUCCUGGGCAGGAGUUUGUACGCCAAGGAAUAACACUCCUCGGCCGCGAAGGCGAUGAUAAAUUCAAUGCCGCUUUUGUGGACCAGGGACCCAAUACUCGACCAUCCUGGGCACUGGAUGGGAGCUUUCUUGCUUUUCGCUAUCUCUUUCAACUUGUCCCUGAAUUCCAAACAUUUCUGAAGCGGAAUCCUAUCGCUGGUUUAGCUCCUGAUCUUGGCAGUGAACUCCUCGGGGCCCGCUUCGUCGGUCGUUGGAUGAGCGGAGCACCUGUCGAUAUUGCACCAACGCAUGAUGACCCGGCCCUCGGGAAAGACGCCUCUCGCAACAACAACUUCCGCUACGCUUUUCCAGACGACUCAAAGACGCAAGAUAGAUGCCCCUUCGCAGCGCACACACGGAAGACAAACCCUCGAGCCGACAUUGAGGAUCUCAACGCAACUACCGCGAACGCUAACGAGAAACACCGUAUCUUUCGUCGCGGUGUCCAGUUCGGACCAGAAGUUACUGCAGCUGAAGCUGCAUCCGGAAAGACUGUCCACGGGCGUGGCCUCCUCUUCGCAGCAUACCAGAGCAACAUUCACUUCGGGUUCCAAUUUCUGCAAAACAAUUGGUCGAACACGGCCAACUUUCCUCCCAAGACGGGACCGACGGGGGCUGCAGUGAUUUCAGGACUCGACCCUCUCAUCGGUCAGAAUGCUGCAGGAGCUCGUUCGAUGAUAGGCGCCAACCCACAGAGCCAAAGUACCUCACUCACUCUGCCCACAUGGGUAGUGCCGAAAGGAGGCGAGUAUUUCUUCUCGCCCUCCAUCCCUGCUCUCAAGGCCACCUUCGCUUUGGCCUAA